GCAGGCAGGGAGAUUCUGCAACUCUCCGUUCUCCCCCUCUGCCCCCUCACCGCUCGUCCGCCCCAUCAACAGAUCAACUUGCGCGGCGGGGAUGCUGACAACGACGACAAUGAUGAGGAGGACAGUGUGAUCAACUUGCACGGUUGGGAUGCUGACAACGACGAUAAUGUAAAAAACGAUCGUGUGGUUGGCACGGCCACCAUUGCCCUCACUGACUUGAUCAAAGGUGGGGGUGAGGAUGUGUCGGGUUCAGACACCCAAAUUCGCGAGGUUGUAGGGCAUUCGCUGACUCACGGUGGCAAAAAGACAGGCGCUGUCUCCAUGGAAAUGGAGGUGGGCUAUACAAGCUUCUCCGGUCCCGGCGAGAGCCACCCUGCCCUCCCCACCCACCCCAGCUUCGAGCCUCUCCCAAUCCUUCAGAGCCUUCUCAGCACGCUUCCCACGUCCGCAGCAGUACCCAAGGCAGGCUCGAAAUCUGAAGCCGAAGCAGCAGCCUACGGGCUCACACUCCCGGAACAACAGGCAGUUGAAGCUCUUUUCGCCCCCGAAGCCAAUGCCGCAACGCUCGCCGCUUGGGAAAACCUUUCGCAGGAAGCUGCGGGCGAGCAGCAGGAGUUUUUCAAGUCGGCGUUUGAGUGCGUGUGUUUCCUGAGCAGUGGCAAUUCGGACACUCAGGUGGGCGUGUGGAGGGACAAGGACCCGAGGAGGAAGAGGCUGGUGGUGUCGUUCCGAGGGACUGAGGUGGUCAAUGCGGCCAUGCUGAAAGACGGACAGGCAGGGCAGAAGAUCAAGGACGCUCUGACAGACCUGAGGCUGCACAAGGAGAACUUCGAUUCUGACUUGACUGACGAGGACAACAAGAUGGACAUUAAGGUGCACGACGGCUUUUUGGACGGCUACAAGUCGGUGAAGCCGCGGCUCCUUCUGCUGCUCAAAGCUAUUCUCGCAUCGUCUAGCGGAAAGUAUCACAUCAUGGUCACGGGGCACAGCCUGGGGGGAGCUCUCUCCACGCUCUUCACAUACGACCUCGCCCAGUCUGACCUGAAGAAGCAGCACGGAUUCAACCUCUCUCUCUACAACUUCGGCUCGCCCCGUGUGGGCAACCAUGCCUUUGCAGCUCGCUUUAACCAGCUUGUGGGUGACAGCUGGCGCAUCGCCAAUGACCAUGAUAUAGUGCCGCGUGUCCCCUACGUGUUCUACAAGCACGUGGCCACGGGGGUGGUGCUUCGACCCGACUCCCAGAAACUAGAAAAGGAUGCCCUCCUUAAGAAGCGACUCGAUACCAUCACAACAGUCAGCUUCCUGAGCGAGCAGCCCAAGCUGUUGUUCGACGGUGCCGGCGCCAGCAAGCACUCGCAGCCGGCUUACUUCCUCUCGCUGCUCAAGGUGUGUUGGUCGAGUCUCGCUGCUCAAGGUGCGUUGGUCGAGUCUCGCUGCUCAAGCAAGCACUCGCAGCCGGCUUACUUCCUCUCGCUGCUCAAGGUGAGCUGGUUGGUGGUGGUGUGCUGGGGUGAAGGUGGGUUAAAACACAGCCAGCAAGCACUCACAGCCGGCUUACUUCCUCUUGCUGCUCAAGGUGAGCUGGUUGGUGGUGGUGUGCUGGGGUGA